CUUCCAUCUUCUCUCCAUCAAACUUCCAUCCACCCCAGAUCCUUUCACCACCAACAACUCCCUCCUCAUCCCCCAAUCCAUCUCAUCUCAUCACUUCCCCAUCUCCAUUCCUCUCCUCCGCCCGCCUUUAGUCUAAUUCCAAAUAAUCAUCUCCUUCCAACGCCAACCCAUCCCUCACUAAUUCACCACCUUCACCACUCCUCCAUCUCGUUCAUCAACGACAUCAUCCGCCCACCUUCGUCGCCCUCGCGCCUCGUCGCCUCGUCACCUCUUCACCACCGCCGUCGUGCUGGCUCCCAUCCAGCCUCCCUCUCGUCGCCCGCGUGCCCCAUCCGUCGUCCAGUGGUACCGGGGGAUGAAUACUAGCCUGUCCGCCUACACACACCUUGAGUCCCUUCUGCUGUUCCAGUCCCUCCAUGCAUAUGGCGUAAAUCCUCAAAUCUUCAGUCGGAUCUCCGAUCUGCUGAAGAACAACCCUUCCAUCACCGCAGACAACCGCUUCCAGGCCGGCCGCCUCAGUCCCGACGCCCUGCGCAACUUCUACCUUCAGAUCCUCAAGGACGAGAUCCGGAGCGAACGACUGCACGAUGGCUCUCCCGAGCCAGAUGGCCCAAAUGGUACCGGCCACUCCAAGAACUCGCGCAAGCGCAAAGCUCCCAGUCCCACCCUGCCGACCGUCCAGGAAGCCGCCCAGCACGCGCAUCUAAUCCCCAAGCUCGUGAACAAACUCUACGCCCGCUAUCGCACAGCCAUCACCCAGGAGAUCAGAGAGGAGGAGGACCGAUACGAGAGGCUGCAGAGGGAGUUGCAGUCCAUUGAGCGCGGCGAGAGGGAUGCAGAUCUGGUGGAGAGGGCGAAUGGGAAGCCGUCUGCAUCGCGCAGCCCGAGCAUCCCCAAGAAGUCUCCCGUCCUCGUCCAGAAACAAAUUCCAUCGAGUCCGCGACCCCAGCUCGCGGUCCAGGAUACGAGCAGGGUCGCGACGCCGUCCAAUGCGCACGUUCCAGACGGCCAUCAACCGCCUCAAACGGACCGGAAUGGACCAUCGCAGGCCUCAAGAGCUCCGUCGCGCGUCAAGCAGUUGGAACCCUCCACUCCAAGCGGAACAACACCAGGUCCGAUUGCCCUCCCAUCCCCAUCGCAGAACCGGACACCGCAGCCACCACAACCAUCAUCAUCAUUACCUCACGAUGCUGCCGUUCAGACCACCCAACCACACCACCAACACCGUUCACCGUAUCCUCCACAGGCGCAUCCAGCGCAAGGAAAAACCCCGACGGACGGCUCACAAACGCCAGUCCAAUCUCAUCCAUCACGUGCUCAACAAGGCCAUCCCAUUCCUUCACCUGUGGGCGCACAGUUCCAACCACCGCAACCGAAUCAACAGUUCCCUGGAAACGCUGUUCCACCAUUCGCGCCAGCACCCGCGCACGGCCAGCCUCCGCAUUUCUCUCAGAAUCAACAGCGCGCCCCGGGACCUUAUCCACCUGUGCCCGAGUCCGCGGGGUUGCACACACCCCAGCAGCAGCGGAAUCUGCAUCCGUAUUCUGGCCACCCACCAUAUCCGCCUCCAGGCCCACAUCCAGGACAAGGACCGCCUCCCCAUGGAGGUUUUAUGCUUCCGCCUUUCCAAGUCUCGCCACAGGAUCCCGCACGAGUUCAACAGCAACCAAUCGCACAAUACCCCCAGGUUUCUACGCCCGUUGCACGCCAAACGCCCUCAAAUAAAGGGGGUCCGUAUCCUCCAGGUCCACCGUUGCAACCGGCCCUACACCCGGCGAGAGGCGCUUUCGCUACGCCCACGACUGUACGCACCCCUGGGAGCUCCAAUUCGACGCCGCGGUCUGCAAAGACGGUAUGGAAAGCUGGCGCUAAGCCGCCGAAUGCUACGCCAUUGGCCAGGCCUGAACCAAGUCCCAUUGAUGACAUUGCACCCCUGGAACUGCCAAACGAUGCUUCGACCAAAGUGAAAACCCCGCGCAAAUCCAGGGCCAAGACCAGAGGGAAGGAAAAGGAGAAGGAGAAGGAGAAGGAAGUCGAAAAAGAGCCGGAAGUUGAGGAAACAGGAGCCUCCGACCAUGCGCCUGAACCCAAAGCUGAACCUGAAGCCGAACAAGAGCCAGAUCAAGAGCCAGAACAGGAAACCGAACAGGAGCCAGAACCCGAACCGGAACCAGAGCCGGAAACUCGCUCGGGGCGCAGUCUUCGAAAGGGAGCAUCUCGACGCGCUCGCCCUGGCAGCAUUGCUUCGUCACGUGCAGGUGGAUCGUUGCGAGAGCGCAGUCGUAGCCAGUCUGUCAUCUCACACACCGAAACGGUCGCAGCCGAGAACGACUCUCAGACCGGUCCCCGCGUGAAAACCGAACGGGGAACGUCCAUGGACGUCGUGGAAGAAAGCGCCGCAGAGACACCCACGCAGAUGACCACUCGCGGUCGCGGCCGGACCAUGCAAUCGACCCAGACGCGGACUCGCAAACGCAAUGCUCGAGAAGCAUCGCUGCCCGAAUCCGAGGACCAGCCUGGUUCUCCGGUCGUCCUGCCAGAUCUGCCCAAGACUGUCGUUGCGCCACGCCAUUUCUCGCGGAUGUGCGUCCCCAUCAUGAACGACAUUGGCUCUCACAAAUACGCUUCCCUCUUUUCGACCGCCGUCAAGGCCAAGGAUGCGGAAGGCUACUACGACAUCAUCAAGCGUCCCACCGACCUCAAGACCAUACAAAAGGCGAUUGCGGCUGGUGCCAAGGCCGUUGCUGCUGCUGCGACAGACACUCCCACCGGUAGUCCCGGCGGCGGUGGUGGUAUCGUAGAGCUGCCCCUCACGCCGGACGUCAUGCCCCCCAAAGCCAUUGUCAACAGCGCACAGCUCGAGAAGGAGCUAAUGCGGAUGUUUGUCAACGCGGUCAUGUUCAAUGCGGGCGAGGAGGGCGUGGUCGAGGACGCCAGGCAGAUGUUCGAAGAUUGCCAGCACAGCGUGUCGAACUGGCGCCGCGCAGAGAGGUCGAGUGGACGCUUGGAGGUGGACGAGACGCCCGGUCCGGAAGACGAGGUCGCGCCCACGGCCUCGAAGAGGAGAAAGCUAUAGGCAGCACGAUAUUCCCGGUCCAGGCGGCGUCAUCGUCGGGGUUAGUAAUGUGUCUAGCACACGAUCAUAGUUCUGCAGUUCCAUUCAACGUUCAAGA